AUGGAAGAUUUAACGCCAUCUGAGGCAGAAUUGAAUCCAGCAUUCGCUUCUGGAAGUUUCGAAACAGACAGAAUCAUAGGUGGAGUGGACAAGACCAUGAUGCGGAUGGGCCCGGAAUGGGUAGUUCCUCUACAGUAUUCUAACAGUCCAAUCGUUCAAGAGUUGGCGGAAUCAGGUGAAGAGGUGGGUCAUGUUGAAGAUUCCCUCGUGUUUGUAGUUGCUUAUAAAGUUUCGUUCGAUUAA